AUGUUCCUGGUGGUGAUUCUGGUCGCUGUUCUCAACUCCGGCUCCUCCUCCUCGCCGCCCACCAUAAACACCAUAGCUACAAUCGCCUACAGCGAGACAACCUCGGAUUCAACCUGGGACAAGCUCAAAGGUGCCCUCUUGAACGCCCUUGUCUUUGUGGUUGUGGUCACUGCGGUUACUUUCCUCUUGGUGCUGCUGUUCUACUUCAGAUGCACUCACUUCUUGAAACUCUACAUGGGUUUCUCUUCCUUCAUCGUUUUACUCUUCCUGGGCGGCGAGAUUGCCUUGUUUCUUAUCAGAAAAUUCAGUGUCCCCAUCGAUUGCUUCACAUUUCUGGUACUGUUGUUCAAUUUUGCGGCCGUGGGUGUUUUUGCCGUCUUCUUGUCCAAAAUGGCCAUCAUUGUGACACAAGGUUACUUGGUCGCCAUUGGGAUGCUUGUUGCUUACUGGUUCACUCUGCUCCCUGAAUGGACUACUUGGGUUCUGCUGGUAGCUCUGGCAUUGUACGAUCUUGCAGCUGUUCUGUUACCCGUUGGCCCGUUGAGAUUACUUGUAGAGCUUGCUAUAUCUAGAGAUGAGGAUAUCCCUGCUCUGGUUUACGAGGCUCGACCUGUUAUCAACCAUGAUCAAGGAUCCGGGGAAUAUGAAGGGCAAAGGAGGGCGUGGAGGCGACGUAGAGAAUCGGGAAAUGAUUCCGAAUCCGAUCACAACAUAGGAACUAGUGAUGCGGAGGUUACUGCUCCUUUGAUUCAGAAUAGAGUUAGUUCUGUGGUGGAUGGGCAGGAAAGUAGUGUCGCAUCUACUGAUAAUAGCUUUCUCGAAGGUAUUGGUCUGGGAUCGAGUGGUGCGAUAAAGCUGGGGCUAGGUGACUUCAUUUUCUACAGUGUGUUGGUUGGAAGAGCUGCUAUGUAUGAUUUCAUGACUGUGUAUGCAUGUUAUCUAGCUAUUAUAGCCGGUCUGGGUGUUACAUUGAUGCUGCUGGCACUUUAUCAGCAGGCUUUGCCAGCGCUUCCAGUGUCGAUUGCAUUCGGAGUAUUGUUUUAUUUUCUGACAAGGCUUCUGCUUGAAGAAUUUGUUGUACAAUGUUCUUUGAACCUUGUAAUGUUUUAG